AUGGAAGAGGCCCAACUUGAAUGUCCCUUAUUCGAUAAGCAGGAGCUCUUCGGCAGCUCCAUAUUCACCUAUUUUUCCAUCGACCCUGACCCGAUUAAUUGUAACAUAAGGCGUCUUUAUAUCAGGCUUCCGAAGGAUAUAUCAUCAUUAGUUUCAGAACUAGAGACGCCUGGACUACCCAUCCAUCCAUGUAUUAGAUCUGACAAGGUAUUUUCUCGCGCUCGUGACUUGUUGGCCGAGUGUUUGAAGGAGCAUCAUAAGUGCAACCGGGCUGGAUCAGCUCCAUCGCGCUUACUCGAUGUUACCGUUGGCAGGACCCGACUGGUCAACACAAAGUUCAUCAAAGAUCCAGUCUGGGCGGCCUUGUCAUACUGUUGGGGCGGGCCACAAAAUUCUCAAACAACAUCUUUCAACCUACAAGAUCGCUAUCGGGAGGUCCCGUUGGAAGAUCUCCCUCUUACUAUCCGCGAUGCCGUUUAUGUUUGUCGACAGAUGGAUAUCCAAUACCUCUGGAUUGAUUCAAUCUGUAUCAUCCAGGAGGAGAUAAAUAAUAACGGUCAGACCGGCGGCUCUGAUAAAGAUGGAGAAAUACGAAAAAUGGCCGGCAUAUUCAGCGGCGCAAUCCUCACAAUUGCCGCCUCUUGCGCGUCAUCAGCCAACGAAGGAUUUCUCCAGGAUCGCCAACCCUACGUUCCAGGAGUCGGCAUUCCUGUUCGCAUCAAUGACAACUAUGAUAUGGCUCAGUUGGUUGGGAAUGAUGUACCAUUGUCCGGGCCGCCGACAACAGAACCAAUUGAUGGUAGAGCUUGGACAUUCCAGGAGCAAUUGCUUUCAUCACGAAUGUUGAGCUUUACAAAGCACGCUAUGCAAUGGCAUUGUCAGAGCCAGGACUGCUGUAUCUUUCAGGAGGGAUACCAUUUUCUGUCCAAGCCUUCUAAGACUCUGGUUGCCUAUGGCAAAGGUACUUGGGCAGGGCUUGUCUCGGAGUAUUGUCAACGUGAUCUGAGUAACUUGGAAGACAGGCCUAUUGCCAUUGCCGCGGUGGCCGAGACAUUUGCGAAAAAUAAUCCCAAUAUCACGGCAUCGGAUUAUGUAGCCAGCCUCUGGAAAACCAACAUUCUGGAUGAAUUGAUGUGGUCCCCCGAAAUUCUGGGUUACAGGAAUGAGACCUUACCAAAACUACAAGGCCCUUCUUGGUCCUGGACUUCGAUACCAGGCAAAAUCAAAUUCAAUACCAGAGCCAGCCGUGAUGUUUUUGAGCCCACAGCUUCGUUGGUCAGCGUAGAUAUUGAUCUCGCUGAUCCACAAUUCAUUUUCGGCGCUGUGAAAAGCGGAAGACUACGUUUCAGGGGGACCAUCUCACACCACCACACUGGACGCGUGUUGCAAUCUGACCUGAAAUGGAGCCCCAUUUACAAAGGUUGCCCACGACUAUUUAUUGACCGCCGUGAGGCAACCCUGAAGGAAGUCUUCCUGCUGGAGUUGGGAAUUGUACGUAGCAAGAAGAUGCCAAGUCAAAGUGUUGGUAUAGCGCUUCAGUCGACCGGAAAGCUGGUGAUCGAUGAGGAGGACGAUCCAUGGAUCUAUGAUGACGUCUUUCGCAUAGCUCGCUUUGAAGGAGAUCCUCGAUGCAAACGUAGCGUUAUCCACCGAUUAGACACAACGUUAACUCUCACACACGGCCACAAACCUAAGAAAUGGGGCUUCGCUAUUAUACGCACCGCUUACGGCCCCGGAUCGGACCAGAAAUUCGAGCAUGCUCUUGAGAUUAUAAACAAUAUCGCCCAGCACUGGGUUGAAGACGAAGUCGAGGGUCUUAAGCUUCGAAUUACCCAGGGUAAAGAAACGGACUUUCGAUAUAACGAUGUCCCUGUUGAGGUUGACACGCGCCCAAACGAGGAAUUUGUACGCCGCUAUGAGAAUGACGUUGUGGAGGAUCAGAGUCUGGAAAACGCCUCUUUCGCUGCGGUGCGCGAAUAUUUCAAGACCUGGAUUGCAUCCAAGGGGGGCAGGUCGGACGUUGGGAAUACAAGAUACGUUGCGUGCAUCAUGCUCGAUGCCGAGGCUCUCUCUCAGCUUGCUACUGCGCCUAAAGGCUUUCCUCACGGCUGUGAUGUUUACAGCUCCUCAUAUUGGGUCAAGAUGGUCGACGUGGAGGCGAGUCCUGACGAGGCGAUUCAUGUACGUGUGCGUGGAGCUGACGAUUUGAUGAAAUAUUGGUUCACGCGGAACAUGAUACGAAGCCAUGUGUUGACACACAGGAAAGAUCGCGAAUAUCCAGGAGUUCUUUACUUUGGCGACCCGCCGUCAUUAGGAUUUGAGGAAAUGGAGUGGCCACCGCUUCCUUAG